AUGCCUCAAGUAGAAUCGUACCCACGGGCUAUUGCAGGGCACUUGCUCAAGAACAAUAUACGCUCGUACUUUAACAAUAUCCCACUACCCGUGCUAGAUCAUGUCAAGCACUGCUGCACCGAAGCGCUGAACACGCCCGAUGUGGAUGUGGAUGUGCGCAGGACCAUUGCGUCGAGUAUUGCUGCGAUCGUCACGCGAGGUCAGGCACAUAACUGGCCCCAUAUUCUGCAAGUCUUGGUAGAAAAGUUAGAUAGUCCCGACCCGGUCACUGUUGAGAUGGCAUUUGACGCACUGGCCAUGAUCUGCGAAGACGCGGCCAGGGACCUGGACCAGGAAAUGGAUGGCGUACGACCACUGGCCUUUAUGAUCCCCAAGUUCAUCCAAUUCUUUUACAACCCCGAUGCAAAACUCCGGGCCACUGCCAUUACCGCAACAUCCCAGUUCAUCAUGCUACAAAGCGAAUCCUUCCUGGCAAACAUGGACACGUACCUGCGAGGUCUAUUCGCGCGCGCAACAGACGAAAGCUCGCGUGUGCGACAAGAGAUAUGUCGGUCGCUAGUGAUGGUUUUGGAAGCUAAUCCAGAAGCCCUGACACCCUACAUUGACGCGGUGAUUAAUUACAUGAUCUUCUGUACCCGUGACGAAAACGAGCAGGUAGCACUGGAGGCGUGCGAUUUCUGGAUUCAAUUUUCGAAUCUGGAUGAAAUGCAUGAGCGAUUGUUACCCUAUCUGCCUCGGAUUGUGCCUGAGCUAUUGAAAAGAAUGGUUUACUCGGAUACGGAUUUGCUAAUGCUCGGUGGCGAUGAGAAUGACGCACAUAUUCCGGAUAAUGAGAUGGAUAUAAGGCCAAGGCAUUCACGAAGACAUCGAGGACCGAUGGCUGCUAGCCACCAUGAGAACAACCAUGACGAUCCUGUUACGACUAAUGAUGAUGAUGAUAACGAUAACGAUAAUGAUGAAGACGAUGACGACGACGACGAUGAGGAUUUUGACGAUGACGAGUUUUACUCAGAAUGGACUUUGCGAAAAUGCAGUGCGGCUGCGUUAGAUGUGCUGUCAACGACAUAUAAUCGCCAUGUUGUCGUUGUAUUGCUGCCACUAUUAAAUCACAACUUGUUCAGCCAAGAUUGGCGAGAACGAGAGAGUGGCAUUCUGGCGCUAGGAGCUGCUGCAGAAGGUGGUUUGGAGGAUAUUGCACCACAUUUACCGGACAUGAUGCCUUACCUGAUUCAAAGUCUUAACGAUCCAAAGCCACUCAUUCGAUCCAUCACUUGCUGGGCGCUCGGUCGAUUUUCACGGUGGUGCGUUGAGCAAGCUACAAUACCCGGAGGACGAGGAGCGUUCUUUGAGCCGGUUUUAUUCAACUUGUUACAGCGGAUUCUUGACAAGAACAAACGCGUACAAGAAGCAGCAUGUUCUGCUUUUGCUACGUUGGAAGAAGAAGCUACAAUCGAACUAGUACCUUACUUGGAGCCGAUCCUCAUUAAUUUAACGACUGCGUUUAAUACAUACCAACACAAGAAUCUACUUAUUCUAUACGACGCGCUCGGCACGUUGGCCGAAUCUGUCGGUGCGGCAUUAAAUCAGCCGCGCUGUUUGAUGUUGAUGAUGCCGCCCCUGAUCGCCAAAUGGAAUAAGCUUUCUGAUCAAGAUACUGACUUGUUCCCUUUGCUGGAGUGCCUUUCAUCAGUCACCGCAGCUUUGGGAACAGUGUUUGCACCGUAUGCCGAACCUGUAUUUACACGAUGUGUCAAACUCGUUUCCACAACAUUGCACCAAAUAUUUAUGGCUGACCAAAAUCCAGACGAGUUCGAUCCUCCAGAUGUAGAAUUCAUGGUUGUGUCGCUCGAUCUGCUAUCUGGCCUCGUGCAAGGAUUAGGCCAACUGAUCGAGCCGCUUGUGGCCAACUCGGAUCCUCCAUUACUGUCUCUUUUGGCUGUGUGCAUUCAUGACCCUGUCACUGAAGUACUCCAAGCAACCUAUGCCCUUAUUGGCGACUUGGCUAUGGCCUGUUUUGAACGUUUACGAAGCUAUUUACCGCCCAUUGUGCCUGAACUCAUUGAACAAAUUGGGCCCGAUCCAGCGCUCGUCAGUGUCUCCAACAAUGCAGUCUGGGCCGUUGGCGAAAUCGCUAUCCGAUGGGGCCAAGACAUGCAACCUUUUGUCGAACCACUCCUCCAACGUCUGUUCCCUUUACUCGUCAUUCCCGGAGUUAUGGAAUCUUUACAAGAAAAUGCAACGAUCACCAUUGGCCGGCUCGGCUAUGGCUGUCCUGAUAUACUUGCUCGCCACUUGCCACAAUUUAUAGGACCGUGGUUGGAAAAAUUCAUCAUGUUGCGGGAGAACGAUGAAAAGGAUACGGCGUUUCAAGGCUUAUGUACAGUGAUUAAAGUAAACCCUCAAGGGAUUGUCGAUCAAUUCAAUACCCUUUUCGAAAUAAUUGCUCAAUAUCAACGUCCAUCUCCACCCUUAUCAAAAACAUUAAGCGAGAUCCUGAUGGGAUACAAAAAUAUGUUGAAUGAGGAACAGUGGAAACAAGCUUGGGGUGGACUAACUGCUGAAACGCAGCAAACACUUUCACACAAAUAUGGUGCUUAA